AUAAUAAACAGCAGAAGAAGAAAUGGGCUGCGCAGAAAGAUGCGCAGUAGCCGUUUCUUCAAUCAUGAACGGUGGAGGUGAAUGUUUUGAUGGAUCGUAGGGACUAAAAAAGCCAACUUUAGAGCUGAAAACCACAGCUGCCGCACCAGCAGAUGUUGCAUUUUGUGCAGUAAAAAGACCUGGGACGAAUUUAGUUUGACUAAGAAAGAAAGGGCAGGUUAGCUGAUUUCGUUUGCAGCGGCGGCCUAGCUAGCUAACGUUAGCUAGUGCUGUGGAGUUGGACAGUCCUUUCAUUUAAUGAGCUCACCGUGAGGCCCUUUUUAACCUGCUGUGUUUUUCUUCAUACUACAGCUCCACUGGGGAUUAUUUCAUUAUCUUUGUGGCUAUUAUUAUCGUACCUUGAUAGUCGAAAAGUGAGUGCGGCUUCUUGAGACCACAUCCAGGGGAAGUGGUUAUCCAUGUCCACGAGUUCCUGCAGAUUAAUAAUCUUUAAUAACAUCAGCAAACAUGUCUUUAGUUGCAUAUGGCAGCAGUGAUGAUAGUGACUCGGAAGAAACCUCGACGUCCGUCGCACCGGAGAGCAAAGUCAGCGCAGGAGGUCUCUUCUCACGCCUGCCUGCUCCUAAAAAGCCAGGACCUGCAGGAGGAAACGAUGGACCAAGAAAGGAGACGAGAUUGAACCGUUCCGCAGGAGACAGCUCGUCAAACGAUGACCUAGAUCCUCCACCAUCUAAAGGAGGCUUAUUUGCUGCACUUCCCAAGCCGAGGAAGCGAACAGAGCCUGUCAGGAUCAGUGUACCGCAGAUCCAGAGACGGGAUUCAGACUCUGAUGAUGAUGAUGAACCAGCAAAGAAGAAACUACAACCUCAAGGUUCAGGCCUUUCCUCCCUCCUACCACAACCCAAAAACCUGACAUUUAAGGAGAUGGAUAGACCCCUGAUUCCUCACACGCUCACAAAGCGGCAAGAACCAAAAGGACCUAAACCUGGAGCCCCUGCUCAAGGUCUGCUCGGUUCUAGUGCAUCUCCGUCUGCUAUCAAAGCUGCAGCAAAGUCAGCUGCCCUGCAGCUGGCUCGGCAAAUAGCAACCGAUGACCAGGAUAACGAGGAGGACAUAACCCCACAGAACUACUUUUCUCUGGGCGAGAGCUCCCAGCCUCUCCCUGCAGUCAUCCCCAGUUUAGACCCUGAGCCCAGUGUCCCCGCAGAACCUUUUGUAAUUGCACCCGCAGACGAGCCGGGUCAGUCGGAUGCACCUCUCGACUUUGGGGGGAACCACGACGGAGCUGGUGCAUGGGGAGGUCAAUAUCCUCAGUAUGAACAGCCCAUGGCAGGCCCAGAAGCUCUCCCUCAGGGAUAUUAUAACGAGCCAUACUACCCAGAUCCUGAGGGCGGAUUGGCAGAGGCUGAAGAGCCGGGCAACUCUGCCAUGUUUGAUGAUGAAGCGUUCAUGCGGCUGCAAGGGAAACGGAACAGGGGCAAAGAGGAGGUGAAGUUCCUGGAGAUCAAAGGAGAUGACCAGCUAAGUGGCAACCAGCAGUGGAUGACCAAGAGCAUGACAGAAGAGAAGCAGACCCGUCAGUCCUUCAGCAAGAAAAAAGGAGAACAACCUACAGGACAACAGCGACGCAAACACCAGAUAACGUAUCUUAUUCACCAGGCAAAGGAGCGCGAGUUGGAGUUGAAGAACAGCUGGGCAGAUAACAAGCUCACCCGCCGGCAGACACAGGCCAAAUACGGUUUCUAAAAAUGUCACAUUGUGGACUCUUGGUGGGCACGUGGAAACCCUGCGUCAGACAGUAGAGUAGAGCUUUCCAGAUUCCCGACACAGUUGGAAAACUUGUUUUGGGAAAAAAAACUAUACACACCUUAAUACAGAUUUCUCUCCCCUGCUCUCUCUCCUGUAUUUGUGUUAUAUUGUUAUUAUUCAGUAAUUAUUUUUGGUCAACUGUUUCUUAAAGUGUUACUACUGUAAGGAAAAUCCAGCCACAGACAUUAAACUUCCGUUCACAGUAAUUUACAGUAAAUAUAGGCUCUAUCCCUACAGAUAAUACCUGUUUUUAAGGUACCUGUGGCCAGUCAGUGGCAGAGAUGAUGUAAUGUGACCCUCAAGUAGCCAUUAUAAAUGUUUUCCUUUUGAGAGUGUAUGCUUCCCGUUCAUACAGUGAACAUUGACUCCUUUUUUAGAGAUACAGACAUAACUCAACAAAACCAGGUUUAGUUCUCUGGCAAUUAGUACAAUGUUGCUGUUUAAUGAGAUCUGAAAUAAUAAAUGAGGCGGAGUCAGUCCAAAGCUGUGACACAUUACAUAUUUAUACGUUGAAAACAACUUGGGAAUAAAAAAUAAAGAUGGAAUACUUAUGCUGCAGUUUCUCACAUUCUCAUUCAAGGAUGUUAAAGGUGUCCAUGUUGCUAAUUAUAUCAUCCCUAUUUUUAUUUGAUUUACUUUAUGCUCUUGCAUUAAAAAGUUAGCGAAGACGUUUUUUUUUCCAUAAAUAAAUUGCCAGAGAACCAAACAUGGAUUUUACUUUGAACUGGUUCUUUAGUGACCAUCAGACCGGAGAAAUAUGUGAUUAUAACGUGAAACAGUUAUGUUUUACCUGGCUGCAUCCAGCAUGCAUCUUAUUCAUCCAUUCAGUGUUUUCAUUCCACAUUUAGCCCUUGAAGAUACCCUGAAUGGUGAUUGCAUUCAUUUCAACUUGUUCUUUUUUCGUUAGAUAACAGAUUCUGCUGUUAAAAUGAAUCUGUGUUCUUGGCUCGUCCGCUGCCAGUGAGCCAGAAUGUCUAAAAAAGGCUUAAUUUUGUUAACUUAUAUGAACUGUUCAAUGUGGUAAAACAAAAUUACUGCCAACCUCUCCAGCUUUGGAAUAUAAUGCAGAUUUGUGCUCACUCUCUUGGGUGGAUGUAAAGAUCGUUCUUGCAUAAAUCUUUCCCAUCUCUGGGAAAUGUCUCUUAAAUGGCUUUUCCCUGAAGCAAUGAUAUUCUUUCAGGCUCUUUAAUGGAUUCCUAUGGAAGCACAUUUCUUCCAGUAAAAAAAUAAUGAAUUAGUAACUCAAAAUAA